GCAAAAUGUUGAUAAUUCGGAUGCUGAAAGCGUGGCUUCUUCUUCUACCAAUGUAUCAGUCUUAAAACAGCAAACAUUGACAUCUUGCUUAACAAAUAUAAAAUCAUUUGGAGAUACUGGUAUUAAGCGUGGUCAAAUAACCAAUGCAAUAGUCUUCAUGAUCGCAAAAGAUGGGUUGCCUUUAAAUACUGUGGAAAAAACAGGAUUUCGAUAUUUAAUGAAAGUAGUGGCACCACUUUAUAAAGUUCCAGCCAGAAAAACAAUGACCCACAUGAUUGACGAUAAAUAUGACAUUCUUUCGACACAACUGAAACUAAAAAUACAAGAAGUAGAAGCACUAUCUUUAACUGCAGAUGUUUGGACUGACUCGCAUAAUAGUCAAAGCUACUUAGGCUUAACUGGUCAUUGUAUAUAUAAAAGUAAAUUAUUGAGCAUAGUUUUUGGUGUAACUGCUCUAACAGAACCACACAAUGCUGACUACUUAGCACAAGUUAUUAUCAAUAUGACGGAAAAAUGGGGCAUCACAAGUAACAAAGUGGUAGCGUUUAUCACGGACAAUGGCGCUAAUAUCGUUAAAGCUGUCACAAAUGUUUAUGGCAAAAAUAAACACAUGCCAUGUUUUGCCCAUACAUUAAACCUAGUAGCAUCAAAACCAUUUGACAAUAAGGAUGGACUGGAAGAAGCCAAGAAUUUACUAACAGCUGUCAAAGAUAUUACCACAUAUUUUAAACAUAAUACAAAUGCUGCUGAUUCUUUAAAGAAAGCUCAGGGUCAUCAAACAAAGCCUUUGGGGCUUGUUCAGUCUGUGUGUACCAGAUGGAAUUCUGUUUUUUAUCAAUUGGAACGAUUUGUUGAGUUAUCCGAAAUAAUUGCACCAAUAUUACUCAAGUAUCCUAAAGCGCCAACAAUGCUAACUGCACAGCAGUUAGAAUUUAUAAAAGAUCUUAUAAAUAUAUUGAGACCAUUAGAAGUAAUAACUAAAGAAAUAUCGGGAGAAGACUACGUUACAGCCAGUAAAAUUAUACCCAUCGUGUCUUGUCUGACUGAAACAUAUAAUACAAUGAAAAUUCAACGGAUAUUGGUGUUAAAACAAGGACUUUAA